AUGACCUCGGGCCGGUCCCUGGGCGGUGGAAGAGUGUUGGGAAGUGGCAGGAAUCUGUCGCCUGCCGUCUCCCCGCAGCCACGAACCCAGCACCAGCGCAAUGCCAGCCUGUUGUCGCCUUCGGAGAGCUCGCUAUCAUUGAGCUCGCAGACGUCCAUCAGCCCCGCGAGCACUGCGGAACCAAAGGAGGAUAUCGGCAGCAAGGUGCUGCUGGGAACUGCCCAAAAUGCAGCUGCUAGCGCUUCGAACAGGCUCAUAUGUCCCAUCUGCAACGAGGACAUGGUGACCCUCCUACAACUCAACCGACAUCUCGAUGACACCCAUCAGAAUCUGGUGGAAGAGGAGCAGGAUGAGGUCAAGAACUGGUUCGAAGCGCAGAUGAAGAAGGCAAAACGGUUCCAGCCACUUGCCGUACUCAAUCAGAAACUAAAAGGGCUCGAUGUUUUCGAAUCCAACGAUCACCCCUCCUCGAUACCGUCCUCAUCCCACAACUCUGGAGGCGCCGUCCACGAACCCCCUAUACACCGCCGCGAUCCCGACGAAGAAGUUACGCGAUCGCACUGGCAAAGGCCGGGAUACCGCGAUGUCUGCGCCGACCCAAUGUGUGCUCGACCGCUCGUAUCUGGGACGCAGCUAGGCUUAGGAGGGAGCCAUGUGGCCGUCAACUGCAGGAGUUGCGGUAAGCUGUUCUGCGAGGAGCAUACCAUGUACCAGAUGAAGCUGUCGAGACAGGCCAAACAUGAUCCAGUCAGGGGUAUAUGGUGCAGGGUCUGCGAGACAUGCUACAAAUCAAGAGAGGGGUACAAUGAUUGCCGUGGAUUCGAGCGAGAUCACUAUGCCGAGUUCCAAAAAAUUAGGCGAAACAAGGUAGACCGAGAUCAUAUGGAGCUAAGCAGGCUGGAAAAACGCCUCACCAAGCUUACCCAACUACUGGCGAAUCCACCUCCGCCUGAUGAGAGCAAUGGGGCCGGCACUUUCUGGCCCUUAUCGUCUGCGAAAGCCCAACGCAAGGCACUGGAGCAGUCCAUUAUAGUAUGGGAAGAGGAUGCAAAAGUGUCGAAUUGUCCCUUCUGCCAACAAGAAUUCUCAACAUACACUUUCCGAAGGCACCACUGUCGGCUCUGCGGAAGAGUGGUUUGCGGCGACCCUAAAACUGCCUGUUCCUCCGAGGUUGCGUUGAAUGUAGCCUCUGGGACAAAUAAAUCCGAAAAGGCUGCCGGGCAGUUGAGCAUCGAUGUUCGGAUGUGCAAGGAGUGCUCGCAUACUUUGUUCAGCAAAAGCGACUUUGAACGCGAACUUGCACGCAGACCUCCCGACCAGCGCGCCUACGAGAAUCUAGCACAGUUCGAGAGGGGUAUUCGGAUGCUGCUACCGCGUUUUCAGAAAUUACUCGUGGCUCUACAGGAUCCGGACAAGCCUCCUACACCUCAGCAGCUUACAGAGGCCACGAAAGUCAGGAAGAGGUUGAUGGACGCCUUUGGGCAAUUUGAUACAGCAGCCCGGCGAAUACGAGACCUCCCCACGGACUCGCCUACCCAGCAGAGGCUGCAGAAGGCCGUAUAUCAGCAGGCAUACAACUUCCUCAGCUUACAUAUGCUUCCUCUCCGUUCGCUACCGAAGGUGCUGAAACAUGCUUCACCCCAUGGCUCAAAAAGCAACGGACGUCCAGGCGGAGCACUCGCUUCCAUUCAAUACAAUAACAUUGAGACUGGCAGCAUCGUCAGUAGCAGUAGCGUCGUCUCUGCGCUUGAGUCGGAAGAGAAAGAGCUGAAAGAGAGGUUGAUUGUGCUCGAGGAGCAGAAGUUCAUGGUUUCCCAGAUGGUGGCCGAUGCCACGAAGCACCGAAGGUUCGACGAAGUAACCAGUCUGGCGCAGAACUUGGAGGACUUGAAUCAGGAGAUCGAUCAGAUCAACGGCCAACUUGGCCAACUGGACUUUGAGGGAAUUUAUCGCCGAAAUACGGGUAGUCCCGCCCCUGGAUGAAAGGCAUUCGACAAGGUUUUCACGUUCCAACCCCAGGGCGAUUUCACGAUCGAGUGCUCAAGUCGGCCGAGUGUCGUCCGGAUCCCGCACGAGUGGUGUGUAAGCAAAGUGGGAUGGAUGAGCGACUAACGACAAAUCAACCCGCCCAGGCCGAGGGCAUCAGCCUCGUUGGCCCUCUAGCGCCGAGGAGUGAUGCUUACGCGGGAUCAGGCGCGGAUACUAGAGGGUCAUGGCUCUAGGAUUCAGGCACCAUAUUCAGAGGCCUUUUCUCAGCCAUGCGAACGUCGAGUUGU